UAUAAUUUUUUUUUGCAUUCCAGUCAGGGCAGUUCACAGAAGAUAUGAUUCCUACAGUAGGCUUCAAUAUGAGAAAAAUAACAAAAGGAAACGUUACCAUAAAGGUAUGGGACAUUGGAGGGCAGCCAAGAUUUCGAAGCAUGUGGGAGCGUUACUGCAGGGGAGUCAAUGCAGUUGUUUACAUGGUGGAUGCAGCAGACUUGGAAAAAGUAGAAGCAUCAAAGAAUGAGCUGCACAGUUUGAUAGAUAAACCGCAAUUGCAUGGAAUUCCAGUAUUAGUCCUUGGAAAUAAAAGAGACCUCCCAGGUGCACUGGAUGAAAAGCAGUUAAUUGAGAAAUUAAACCUUUCAGCUAUUCAAGACAGAGAAAUCUGUUGCUAUUCUAUUUCCUGUAAAGAGAAGGAUAACAUCGACAUAACGUUGCAAUGGCUUAUUCAGCACUCCAAAUCAAGACACUGUUGAAGAAAACUUGCUGAAGAUAACUCUUCUUUCCCAAUCACUCUGACUCCUAUCAGCUAUAUACAACUGAAAAGAUAAAAGAAUACAGCUGCAUACUACCAGGACUCACUUUGAUCAUAUUUGUUAAUAGAAAUAAAACUAAACUAUAGCUUGUCUCUCCAUUCCGUUUCUGUUUUUUUUUGUUUGUUUUUGUUAUUUGUUUUUUUUAAUAAAUACAGAUAUUUGUUUGCCUAGAUGAAAUUCCUGAACGCCUUAAUACAGGAUGGAAAGAAAUGGUGCUUUUGGGGGCUGAGAUGUUUGAGUUUAUGCAUGUGAAUUGUCAAACAGUGUUUUUUGUUCGGUUAUUUUUUUCUAAUUUUAAAAUGAAUAAACUGCACAGUGGAAACAGA